AUGGCCUCGUCGGCGACGAGAGAGGUGCUCAUGCUUGAGGCCCCGCCGCCGUCUGACCCCGCGGCGGGGCCGUGGCGCGCGGCGCCGGACGCGGAGGCCGUCGACGCGCUGCCCUACAUCGACGGAGACUACGGCGACGCGGCGGUGAAGCGGGAGGUCGACCGCCUCGUCGAGGAGGAGAUGCGCCGAGGGAAGCGCAAGCCCGCAGACUUCCUCCGGGACCUGCCCCCUGUUCCCACCGCCGGAUUCGAGAAUCAUCCUAUGCUUGCUAAAGAAUAUGAACGAGUUAGGGCUGGCAAACCUCCUUUUAUGCUAGAUAUGUCUCGCUAUGGUUUGGAGCCACCUCCAAUGAACAAGAGGAAUGAUGUUGGUGCCUGGAGGCAGGCUCUACGGAAUGCUCAGAGCCAAUUGCAGCAUCAAAUUAUAAGGAUAGAGAAUCUCGAGCUUAUGCUGAAAUAUGGUGUAGAUGUUUGGAAGCUCCAGAACAAACAAAUGGAAUCUGUUCUGUCUAGGAUGCAAAAGAUGGCUGUAGAAUACAAUGAAAGGAUAGAAAAUGUCAAUCGUGAGAGGAAGUUCCACCAGGUUACAAGCAUUGAUCUCUUUAUUGGGAAGUUUGAGUCAUGA